CUCGCCAACAGGUGGAGACAUGUUUUGGUUCUUAUACAUUUCGCCAAUGUGGCGUCUGAUUUCUUUUGCCAAAUCUGUUGCGCUAGCUUCCUGGUUUGCAGAGUACUUACUGCACAAGUGCGUGCUGCGGGAUGGACAUGAAAGAAAAGACCAACACUAUUCUAAAACGUUAUGACAUUGGAAGAAAAUUUUCUCAUUUGUCAUCUUUACCUAAAGCAUCUGUCCUUAUUCCUUUGUUUGUGAGAAAUGGAGAACUUCAUGUGCUGAUGACAGUUAGAUCAGUAGAGCUAAAAAACGGUGGGGGUGAGGUGUGCUUUCCUGGAGGUAAGUGUGAGCCAAAGGACCACGAUGAAAUCGACACAGCUCUCCGAGAAGCCAGGGAGGAAAUAGGUCUUCCACCAGACAAGGUGGAGGUCAUCGGUAGACUUGUUCCUGUUAUUAGCAAGGCUGGCAUUUUAGUAACACCAGUGAUGGCUUUCAUUGAGGAAACCUUCCAAGCCCAACCCAGUCCAGAUGAAGUGAGUGAUGUAUUCACGGUUCCAUUGCACUAUUUCAUUAACCCAGCACACCACACUGCCCAAGACUUUCCAGGGCUGCCAGGACGUUUGCAUUUCUUCACAUAUGGGGAGCCCAAAACUGGCAAAUCCUAUCUGAUAUGGGGGCUUACUGCACUUUUGGCUUUACUUGUUGCUGUUUUGGCUCUGGGGAAGAAGCCAAGUUUCGAUGUAGUCUUUGAUGUUGAAGAUCCGCUACCUUUCUUUGAGAGGAGUCUUACUAAGACAUACCUCCGAGGCAAGCUAUGACCUGUGAUGAGCGCCUUAUAACAUACUGCCAAUAAUGGGGACAGAUAAGACUCCCAUUGCAUAGCAGAUUAAGCCGUUGCACCCUUUGACAAAGGUUGAAGGUUAAAUAGUUUCUCCAUAGCUCUAAAAAAACAUGCUACUUCCCUUUGAACUGCAUCUGUCACUGCUGAUAUGCUACCCAAAUCAGAUUUUGGGCAUUUAGCUUUCUUUCCAAGUUAUUUAUUCCAUUUAGAAUAAAUGUUUCUACAAAUGCAUUAGUAUUAGAAGUCUACUUUAUUAAUCUCAAAAUUAGUGGCUCAAAAUCCCUCUUGAGCUCUAUAAUCUGAAUAUUGUUUCCCAGGUAAUUUACUAUGUAUUGAAUUCAAAGUACAGUAAGUAAGACUUAUGCAAUUGAUUGAUUUGAAAGAGCUGUAUGUGUUGUACCAACAUCCUCUACAAAGAUAUACUUCCAUUAAAACAUAUUUACAUUC